ACUCUCUCCACACAUCUUUUUUUCUUUUUUCAUCUUUCAUCUUUUCCCUUUCACCUUCCCUCACCUACACCUCCGCCUUUACUUCUUAUUUUCGAUUUCAGUUUCCCUAGAAACAAAAAUUAAUAAAAUGAAGAUCACUUCCCUAGAGUCCUUACCUGUUGCCUAUGUCUCUCACGAUUCAAAAGUAGAAAAAAAAGUCCUUUUGAAAAAUGGGGAAGUGCCUCAUGUCACCCAACUAGCUGUAGCGACACUGAAACCAGGCGAACAAGCAUCAAUGCAUCAUCACACAGACAUGACUGAGACAUUUCACUUUCAGUCCGGAUCAGGAGAGAUGGAGGUUGAUGGCAAGAUCUUUAAAGUCAAAGCUGGUACAACUGUCACGGUCUUUCCAAUGGAGGCACAUGAGAUCAGGAACAAUGGGUCCAAGGACUUGGUCGUAAUUUACUUUGGAAUUGUCUGAUCCCUCAGGACAGUAGGGCAUUUCUUGAUAACGGUUGCCCGACAUUUAUAUUUAUAUCCCCUUCAUUAAUUAAUAAAAAAACC